AUGACACUCAGUGUUGACGAGUAUUCCAAACUUUCCCCAGAUGCUCAGAGGGAAUAUGAUAAUGAGGAAAGACAACGAGAACGAUCAGAGCAAGAAGGUUUGCCUUAUAGAUGGAAUCAAAUGCUAGACCAUGUGGAAGUGAGCAUACCGCUUCCUCCAGACGUCCGCGCACGACAAAUUCAAGUUGUAUUCAAGCCCGCUUGGAUUUCAGUCAAGAUGCGCGAGGAAUGUAUUGUCGAAGGAGCACUGUUCAAGCCAAUUCAACCAGAUGGCUGUACUUGGACUAUUGAUGAUGCCAAAGUAUUAUCCGUACACCUGGAAAAACUAAAUCAAAAUGAAUGGUGGCCGCAUGUGGUGACGCAUCAUCCCAAGAUUGACACUACUAAGAUUGUACCUGAAGAGUCAAAGCUAAGUGAUCUGGAUGGUGAAACGCGUGCAAUGGUGGAGAAAAUGAUGGUUUGUACGAAAUACUACGUUCGCACCACUAACACGAACCAGAUAGAGAACCGGCAAAAGGUCCAAAAUCAUUAG